AUGUGCGCAGAUCUCAGUGCGCCUGUAUAUUCCAGUUCCUCUUCAUUUGACGCCUGUGAAUUUAACAAUCAAAAUUUAGGACACACGUUCAAGAUAAAAAGUGAAAGUUGAUGAGAAAUUGACACUCAGUUGGAAUGAUUCAGCUCAGCUUUGUUUUGGUUUGUUAUAAAUGGAUGUAAAUUGUGAGUAGGCUCAACAGGAAAAAAGGAUUAAGAUUAAAUAAAGCGCCUAUUUAAGUGGCUGGGUCUGGUCUCAUCUGGAAAUUAUAAUGGCAGCAUUUAUACCAUGAAAUAGUCGAAUUGAGUUUGACAUAUUUGUUACAUCAACUUUUUUAUAACUAUAUUUAUUGUUGGAGUGAGGGAGGAACGCAGUCCACAUGUUUUUGUAGCCCCAAUAAAUUGUUAUAGACAGAUAGUCAAUAUUAUGUGAACAUUUGCCACCUUGAAACUAAACAUCUGUCCUUGAAUAAUCCAAAAUUCAUGAGAGAGAAAUCCACUUUGAGAGGCCGCGAUGAAACUGCUGUAUGAGCUUCAAGAGUUUGACUAUAAGAUAAAGCGCCCCAUCUAGUGGCAAAUAUCUGUAAGUGCAUCUUACGAGCUGGACGAGUAUUCCCUUACUUGUGAAUCAAACAAUCGAGCAAAUACUAACUUCACAAUGGAAGCCCCCAGACAUUGAUGGAUUUCAAACAGCAAGAUUAUCCAGUUAUCCCUUUAAUGCCUAAAACCACAAUUUAUGGCCAGAAAAUUCACAUUUUUUUGGAGCUGAAAUGUUUAUUUCACUUACUACUGGAAACCAAAAAAUCAAAAUGCCCUUAAAAUUUAACAAAUAUGUUUAUUUAUCUCGUUUGAUACAUUAGAUGUUUUUGAAAACUGAUAAACUACAAGAGGACAUUUUUAUUAUUUAUUGGACUGUAUCCAGUUUUUUUUUUUUUUUUGGUAAUUUGUUGAUUAUAUUAUCAUGCAUAAUUACUAUUUGUAUUGUAUAUAGUGUAAAUACUUGUAUAUUAUCACUUUAUUUUAACUUAUUUAACUUAUUUUAUCUAUUUACCUCUGUAUUUUUACUUAUUCCUACUUAUCUAUUAUUUAUGUCCUGUUUUACUGUAUUUGCACUGGAGUACUGUGACAAAAGCAAUGUCCCCCAGUGGAGUAUUUAAGUAUUUCUGAUUCUGAUUCUGAUAUUGAUUUGAUAGAAGUAUAUAAAAGUAUGUUUCAAACAUGAUGCAAAAGGCAUUAAAGGGUUAAGUUAAGUACGGAGCAUUGUUUGCCUGAGCACUGAAAGACUUUUUCAUGCAGUGAAAAUAGCAGCGUUUUGAGGUUGAUGUUAUCUUAAAUUAUUAGAGGAUGUGAGUGAAAGGUCGAUAAAGACCUGCGUAAAUAAAUGUCAAAUAAUAUAUUUAAAUAUAAUAACAUCAAAAUAUUAAAAUGUUAUAAGCAAUUCAAGAGUUGUAAUACAAAAUUUUCACAUAACAAUUUGCUCGUGGGCUGUAAAUGUUGAUUUUAUUCACCAAUCAGUGUCUCGUCCACUUAAACUCCCAUAAUCAUGGUAAUACUGCCCUCCUGUGGCCAUGUGCAGGCAAACACAGUCCAAUCCAACCUUAUUUCAUAACUGCCCUGUGACUUUUGGUUAAUCUUAUCCUGUCAGUGUCACCUUCAUACAGUAUCUGAUCAUAUUUUAAAAUCAGCUUGAGAGUGAAGGAACCAAAGAAAAUGCAGAGGGGAUGCAGCUCUUCAAAGUAUAAGGGUGACUGUUUUGAAAUUUUCAGCAAACUUGACUGAUCAGAAAUAAUUUGACUCCAGCUGUUGAAAAAAGGUGUAACUUAAAGUCCUGCAGGAUUGGAGAUCAGAUGCUAGUCUUUAAUCUGUACUUUGAACAGAAGCUUAUUGUCAGCAGUUGAGGGGCCUGUUAAGAAUAAGAGGGUUUAAGUCUCUUUGUCAGUCUCGUGAUAUUUUCCUCAGAGGCUAAUUCAUCUCUUUUCACAAUAGAAUCACUGUUAGUAACAUGUCAGCUGCAUAAGCAGAGCCUUUCUCUCCAAUUACUCUCACCUUGUCAGUGUGGGAGGCCAAGACUGUAGAUAAUGGGAGUCAUUAACCAGAGCUGACUCAAGCCUGUUUGAGUCCUUAUGCGCUUCAGCAGUCCUCCUAACAGUGUCUGAGAACAUCUCUAUGAAUUGCAGAAGAAAUCAACCCCAUCACAGAUGCAUGGAUGUCACCUGAGGCUUCAAUCUUUCCUAUUCCAACAAACUUCCCCACUUUUUAGAGUAUCAUGUGUGUGUUUUUUAAAGUUAUAACUAAUUUCUCAACUCAGACUGCUAUUUUGCAGUAGGGGUGAAGACAUAAGUUUGGCAUUUUGCGAAACAUAAACAUACAAAGCCACAAGACAUAAUGCAUCUAAUGCUUGUAGUUUCCAAUGCUUUCCUGUAUCUACGAGGAAAAUAACUACUAUAAACUAAAAUAAAACAGAUCUUAGAGAUUGAUUUUGUCACCUGUUCAUGCAGGGCCUCUGUGUAACACUUUAAAGCCUAUUGUGGUAGACUGGGAUAGGCUCCAGCCCCCAGUGUUCCCAAAAAGGAAAAAGCAGUAAUGGAAAUGGACAAAUGUUGCACAUAUUAGAAUGAAUUUAGUUUCUUUUUUGAAAACCCAUCAACACAGAAACUUUUGGAUUUGUAAUAUAGACAACUGUUUACUUUAAUCCAGGGUAAGGGUUACCCCUAGGAUUAAGCUUUGGUCCGUUUCAUAACUAUAAGACCCCUCAAGCUAAAUUUAAUUUUAAUAAUCAUCAAAAAUUUUAUGUUGUCAUAGUAUUGCUCAUUUUGGAUAACAACAAUUAGUUAUUAUGUAGACAAUAAAAGCUAAUAACUACACAGGAUUGGCCACAUAAACGACAUUUGUUGUUCAUGAAGGCUACUGUGGACAGUUAGUCGUCGUAGUAGUAGUAGUAGUAGUAGUAGUCGUUUAUUCAGUCAUGACAACACCAAAUAUUGUACACAAUAUUGACAUUUCACACAAAAUCACUAAAUCAAGAAUCAUGUGUUGAAUAUUGACUGAAAAGGCAUAGGCGAAAGCAGACUGCUUAUAAAAGCCUAUCCUGUAUUAUCAACUUUUGAGGCUACCGACCUCCAGAAAAGCAAAGAAACCACAACAACAGAGAAUUAAUCACACUUAUAAGCUUCAAAAAUAGCUUUACAAACCAUUUUCAAACCAAAAAAGAAUGACAUGUUUUUAGAUUUAUGUUGGCAUCAUUCCAGAAUUUAACUCCAGUAAUGGAGACACAUCUCCUGUUUCUACCACCUCUGAGAAUAUACGGACAAAGAACCUCUGUAUUGAGUCAGGUAGCUUUUUUGAUUUUGCUCUAAACAUAAUUUGCAUUCAGAUCAUAAAAUUUCAUAACAUGAGAAUUUAGAAAAAGUAGCUCUGUGUGAUCAUAAUAAUCAUAAUAAUCAGUCUUAUUGAUAAUACGUAUAGCUCGUUUUUGCAGUCUUAUUAUUGCAGGGGUGUCAAACUCAACCACACCAACAGCCAUAAUCUGGAUUUAGGUCUAACCUGAGGGCCAAAGAGGGUCAACAUUUCACCAAAACUGUCAACCUCCUUUUCAAAAAAUAGGUUACAAAAAUAGCAAUGAUUAUAAAUCAUUUGGAAAUUCAAAAGAGAUAGAAAGAUAAGUUUAAAGGCAACCUGAAAUAGAAAAAAAUUAAUUUUUUAUUCUAUUUUUAUUUAUUAGUUCAAAAGAUCAGAGCAUAUUAAGCAGAAAAAUAAUGCAUUUAAGAGCAAAUACAUCAGAAGAACGUUGAAAUCAGGUUUAAAAGGUCAAAAUAUGACUUAAAAUUUAAAAUUGGAAUCUAAAGUAUUAAAAUGACACAAGUCUAAAUACUGAGUUGAACAAAAUCAAAGCAUGAAAUAAAAAUUCAAAUCAUAUUUGACUUGUAAUCUUGAGAUGCAAAAUUGAACCCCCCCACAUCCUUGACUAUUUAUUAAAUCUUCCUUACUCUUUAAUUUCCCAGAUUUUCGUGGCUUAUUAAGGACAUUUUAAAUAAUGGUGCUAAAGUUUACAUUAUUAUACUGGAGGAAAUCUGCAGACUUCAUAUUAAUAUGAUAUAAUCUUGUGGGCCACAUAUAAUUGUUCCACGGGCCAGAUUUGACACCUGUGUAUCAUUGAAUUUAUAUUAGUUUUAAAGGCGGAUCCCCACAGUUCCACACAGUAAGACAUAUAGGGAACAAUCUAAGAGUUGUAGAUCAAAUGCAAGGCCUUGGAAUUCAGUACUUUUCUCGAUUUGACCAGGAUUGCAAGUGAUUUAAUUCUGUCGGCCAACUUUGCAGGAAAAACUGCAAUGUCCACUUAAGCUACUUUAUGAGGAAAAGAGCAUUAACACAAACCCCUCCACUUUUUCCUGUCUGUUUUCUUCCUGCCAAGGAGUCUGAUGUCGGGGGAGGAGUUUGUGUCGGGACCCACAAAACUUUUGCGUGUGCGCGUGUUUCGACGCCACGCCUCUGUGCGUUUUCCUCCGCGCGUUGAUUUCAUACCAAACUCAUACCUGGCAUUCCGCCUUUUUUCCCCCCUGUCAAACACUAUUGUUUUAACCAAGGAAACACUCAAUAUUCAGAGAGCAAAUCAACCGUAGGAGCCAAAAUACAGCGAGAGGAGAGUGUGCCUGUAAGAGAGGAGCAGGAGAGCCAUUGUGAGGUGAGUGCGCUCUCAGAUACUUUCUUUGUUGUGCGCUGCAACUUUUAUGCUGCUGCAGCUGCUGCUUCGCUUCGAGUGUGCUUGAAGUUUUCAGAUAUUUGGCAUAUUUCGCAUUUUCUCGCCGCCGCUUUGCUGAUUCAGGGCUUCUUGUCUUUGGCAUGGGGUUCGUAUCGUUUUCGCCCUGCCCCCGGAGUUGCAGUAACAAUGAUUUUUUUAGGUUCUGAGUCGGUCUUAGUUUGGAGUUUGUUAGGGUAAUAUUAGCAUGCGAGCUAACCAACUAGCAUGUCAGCAAGAGGCUCGUCUUAUUAACUCGCAAAAGUAUAGAAAAGCCGAUUAUCUCCCGCUCUUUUAAGUUGUUGUGAGGUAAUUCAACAACCCCAUUGUUUAGUUACACUUAAGUUAUUUAACUUAGGAGCGAAAGCGGAUUUGCUAACUCACUGUAAGCUAAAGUGCGUACACAGAGUUGAGCGUGAUUUCAGCUUUCCCUCUGUUACACACUCAUGGAUGGGAUUCAUUUCUUGUUACUGUGAAAGUGUCACCAACAUGUGAAACUGGUCCUACUGGUUGAACAGAAGUCAAAAAUACAGAUAACACCCUAGUUAGUCUCUUGUCGUUUUGUCACGAUGAGACAUUUUAAGGCUCGAAUUCAACUCUCUCCGUGCGUAAAACCUUGAAAACCACCAAAGCGCUAUAGUUCUGGUAGAUUUAGGAGUGAUUCUAUGCGAGGAACUGUGAUGAAAUCUCACUCGGUUAAUUAUAAUGUCACUGCUUCUCCCAUUGAAGCAGAAGGCAGCCUGUAAUGUGCAUGUGUUUGCUGAGCUCAUAGCUUUAUUUAGCUCAAUGCUCCACUGGCUCCUCGCUGCACUAAACACCUGACCUUAAGGCCACAGGGAGCUAAAUUGAAACUCCUGCCUGCAGUGCAUUAUGGCCAACUUUGCAUCACCACUUCUCAGGGAAAUCACGAAGCUGUGAUCACAGGGUCUCAGAAGCAUGAUUUCUCCUAUCUGCGCUGUAGGCAGCACUCUCACUCACAGUCUUGAAAAACAGGUCUGUAAGGCACAACUAGAUAUGUUAAACAGAUACAGUGUUUGGAGGGAGAUACUUGAACUGAGAGUUAGGGCCAUGGAUAGCCUUUCUCUUAUUUACUGCUCUGAAUUGAAUGAUUCAUCCCGUCCUAUUAUAUUUGAGGUGUGUAAGCAAGGGAAGUAGCAGCACCCUGACAUAAUGCGGUUGACCUCAUGAGCUGUGCAGAUUAGAGUCGUAAGAUUAAAUGUAUCCUCAAGUCAUCUGAAAGAGAGCAUAAGUAUCAAUGUAAACACAUACCUUUGGUGUUAAAUAACUUUUAAAUAUAUCGGUCAGAUGGCGUAAUAUUUAGUAAUCUACUCUCAAUGUAAAAUCCUCAAGCAAAUAAGAGCAUUUGCAACAAUCCCACUGAGCAUUUUUUGGUCUAAAAGUGGUCUAACAGACACGUAAAUGUAGCCUAGACGACUGGUAUAAAAUCAGGCUACCACAGGUCUAAGAAUGAAAGAUUUUAGAUGUCUAAAUUUAGACAAGUUUAGACUAAAUCUAAAUCCGGGCUAUACUAUACUACACUGGACAUUGCUCAACAGCUAUCGUAAUUAUUUUGACCAGAUUUUGUGAGUUCCAGCUUUAAUUCAACCUCAUAUUACAUGUUAGUGUUAUUUAAUGGUUUUUAAAGGAACAUUGUUUUUAUGUUUGGGAAUGAAAAAAGACCCCCAAAGUAAUCAUGGCUGUUUGAGUUCACAUUUUAUGAGUGGAUUUUAGUUUGUGAAAAGGAGAGCAGAUUCAUGAUAUCCAGAAGUGGCAAUGAUGAGAAAUACUCUUAAUCUUUUAAAGCACAGUAUUAAAUUAACUUCUCUUUGGUGAAUAGGUGAUGCUAAUUACCAAAAACCUGUGACUGGAUAUCUUCCCUGAUACUCAGUGGAUUAUUACCAUAGACUGUAUAUAGAAUGGACGCCGUCUGCCUCCUCUCUGGGUGAAACCACUCCUAGAACAGCACCCUCUGUUGACGGGCUGCAGUAUAGGUCAUAAAUCCCGCCUCUGCCAGCAAAGCUUAUAGGGCUGUGGACGAAAUUUAUUACACAGAAUAUACAUUUUUUGUCUCCCCUCGCUUGUGGUGUUGACGUAGUUAUUAUAAGACUGGUUUGUGCUCAAGUCCUCUUUUUUCUGUGAAGCUCCGUUUUUAAAAGUUAUUAGGAGGUUCAUGUUUUCUAUGAUUGGCACCUGAUACAGCCUAUUGGCGUUCAGGGAUUGCGUAGCUCACCCAGGGGAUACACUGUUUGAGCCGAGCGUCAUCACAGCGACUCUUGGUGACUCUCCCGCCGAAUGCCCACAAUGCUACUGCGCAAUGUUGGUUUCAGGAAAUGAAGAAAAAUCCCGGAAAUACCGAGAGCCUUUUGGCUUUAAACCCGUAUACAGGCGGGAGGCAGAACCAAGUUGUCCAUAGUAUAUACAGUCUAUGAUUAUUACCUUUCCACAUAAUAUCCUUUUGCAAUUAAGGAAAGAACAAACUUCGGUUCUCUUAUGUUACAUACAUUUUUCAGUCCAGGCUAAUAUAGCCAUAAAUAAAGUUUAAGUCACAUGUGUCCUAGGGGCGGGAGAAACAAUCGAUACAGGAUACUAUCGCAAUAUUUUGUCUGGUGAGAUAUCGUAUCGUCUCAUUGACCAAGUAUUGAUUUUUUUCAAAUUAAAUACUAAUAUGUAGUCAAAUCCAUGAUAAUGGAAAAAUAAAAUGGGGAAAGACAUUAGGAAUGCAAACAGGGCACAAAUGAGAUGGACCUGACACAUAAGGUUAGCAAGAUGAACAGCUGAAAAAUUGUAUAGAUCGCAGUAUAUUGUAUCGCAAUGCCCACCGUAUUGCAAAAUGUUAAAAAAUGCUAUAAUAUCAUAUCAUGGCCCAAAUAUCGUGAUAAUAUCGUAUCGUGGGGCCACUGGUUAUUCCCACCUCGAAUGUGUCCCCUGUUAAUGUCCCCUAAGACUGGUUAUGGUUUGACUUCAGAGAGCAACAGAAAAGUAUGGAAAGAGUUGGUCCUAACAAAGAGAGUUCUGCAGGGCCUGUAAUAAAACAUGGAAGGGUGUAUCAUGUACAGAAAUGGUACUUUGUGACUUCAGACAAACAAGAAACUUUGAAACUGACACUUGUCCUGCUUUUUGAAUAUUGCAAAACUCUUUUAUACUUUGCUCUUGCCUCACUCUUUCACUGUGGCUUGUCUGAUCUCUAUGGCAGCAGCACAGUUCCGUCAGCAGAGAUUGAAAGUGGGAAGGCACUGAACAGAGUGUGUCCAAUAAGCCCACCACAGCAGGGGAAGCUGUGCGACCACACUGAUCCUCUGUGGUUUCUCUGUGGCCGGGGCCAUGCUAGCUGCACUCUGGAAAACAUUACACACCAGGCAGCAUUCAUGCUGUAUAUGUGAGCCUGUGUUUGAGGAGACUUGGGGCAUCCUCAAUAAUAACAAAAUAAUUUCUAAUUUCCUCAUUGGAGCAAAACUGACAGAUUCAGGAAGAUGAUACAGCCUAAUCAUGCCUUCUGAACUGGUUUCAUCAUUACCGACUGUGUUCAACUUGUCUCAGUAGAUCCACCGUCCAUUGGUGAAACCUAAAUAUCCAGACCGGCCGGUAGUGUCUUCAGUGACCUUGAUCAGUAAUAAAUUUACAAGCUCUUAAUGUUUUGACAUCUUUCUUGUCAGGUCUUUAACCCUGAAUACCUUGGCUAUUAAUACACACUGUACCAGGGGAAACCGUAAACAACUUCAGAUGAAACUGAUCCUGCUCUCGCUGAGGUGUGGAGACAUUUUGAGUUCAAGAAAUCUGUCACCAUUCUCGGCGGGCGCAGAGUUAUUCUUUAUCUUUCCCUUCCUUCAAAAUGUGUCUGAUUUAUAUUGACUUUGUUGUUGGGACUCAUAAAUAAAAAUGACAUUUUGGGGAAAUGAGGUGGAUUCAAUAAGAUUACCUCAGAUCAGAAAAACUUUUUUAAAAAGGAAGAUCUUAGCACUCAAAAAAACCCAUCAUUUUUUUUAAAUUUAAAACAGGAUAUAAGAAUGUUAAAUUAUAUUCACUCCCCCCUGUUGAGGACUUAAUUAAAAAAAAAAAUAAAAAAGAUGAUAUAGAUUAGCAUACCUGUUCCCUGGUAAUCUGUAUUGGCAGUGGCCAUUGAAAAACUAUUUGUUCGACCACUGGUAAUAAUAAGCUAUUUGUGCUUUACUGGCUUGAAAACAUUAAUUUAACAACAAAAGAACAUAAGAAACACAAUAUUCAACAAAUCUGUUCAACAUUUUCAGAUAAUGCAAUUAUUCAUAUUACCCUGUAUUAUAAGACAUUGUAUCACUGCUGAUAAUAAAGUCAUUGACCGGUAUUUUCAGACAUGUGGAGCUGGCUAAACUUUACUCUGAAAGUUAUAUUUGUUGUCAUAAUGCAGAGACCUGUAAGUGACAGAGAAAGACCUAAUUUUUUUUGUUGUUAAUAUUCAUCGAUAAUCUGACACAGGCUGCAGAGUAAGUUCUUCAGGCUCUUCUGUCACUCUAAAUUUUCUUUUUUAACUCCGUCCUUGUCAAUUUGUGAGAGACUGACAUGCUGAUCAGUGCUGUGUCGCGCACUGACUGUUAAUCCUCCUCUUGCCAGUUCGGGAAUCAUUCUUUUCAAAUCAACUAAGAAGUGUUUUCAUACAGGUUUUAUUAAAGAAAGUUGACAGCCUUACUUUGUUCAGAUCCCGCUGUUUCCUCUGUACCUCUUUUGUAGGGGUGUGUCCAGGCUUUUCUGACAGGGAAGGCACAACUAAAGUGCUGUUAUUGGCAGGGGUGGGCAUGAUGAAGUACUGUUUAGAUAUUCCUGUACAUCAUUUUACUAUAACGUGUAAGAAGACGCGCACCAGCCACUCGAAUGAACUUAUUUUUGUUUGGUCCAGUACAUGGCAUGUUGUUGCAUGAAGUCCUAUCUUUAGGGCCUCCAGGGUUUAGGCUUACAUUAGCAGCUCUGUUCGGAUCAUGGGGGAGUUUACUUUCCUGGACCAAAAACUCACAGUCUAUAAAUACAAACACGUGGGCAAAGAUUUGGAGGGAUGCUGUGAUUUCUUAAAAAAAUAUCUUUCCCUGUGUGUUUCAGGUGUGUUGUGGCAGGAGCCGUCAUCAUUGCGUCGGAGUGGAGUUGCCGUGGCAGCCCUGAUGGGGCGCAGGAGGAGAGUGGUGAUGGAGAAGGAAUGGGAGACGGAGCGGACCGUGGAUUGGAUGGUGACCCCGAGGGAGUGUGGAGUCCGGACAUCGAGCAGAGCUUUCAAGAAGCUCUGGCCAUCUACCCUCCCUGUGGCAGGAGGAAGAUCAUACUGUCAGAUGAGGGGAAGAUGUAUGGUGAGGAAGAGCACAUCUCUGUUAUCAUGAAUAUGAUCCAGCCAUUCUGUCUAGUUUGACUCUUUUCCAGUGUAAUUUGUUGAUAUCAGAGUACAAACCAAUGAUGGUGUAUUUUUUAAUUUGAAACCUACCUGCUUUUAUACUUGAAGUGAAAGGAUAAAGAACUAGUAUCAGUCUGUUUUAAUCUGGAGCUCUUAUUUUGAAAGGCUUUCUUGCACAUAGAGCGCUGAAGUACACUAAUUAGGGGAUGAGAUUUGUAAGGUAGUCUCUAAUAUACACAGCCACUCUCCACUGUUGAUAAAUGACUGUUAUUGCAUGAGCUCUGCCAAACUGUAGGUGGUUAAAAUAGCUUUUCUCGAAGUGCUUUGUAGUAAUCUCACCAAUACGACAAAAUCACUGCAGACAACUCUUUAAACCUGCAGCAGUUUGAACUUCUGCAAAGUGGUUAUAAUUAGACAAUUCACAGGGUUCCUACGCAAGUAUGUAAAGUAUGGAAGUAAAUUUGGUCAAUUUCCAAGUCUUAAAAAGUAUGGAAAAUGAAAAAUAAAGUAUGGAAAAAUAUUUAUGUUUACAGACUAUUACCACAGUGCUAAAAUACUGUUUUCUAAAAUAGAAAAGAAGUGGUGUGUCCCAAAUCGCAUACUUCCACACUAAAUACUUAGAUUUUUCAAAUUGAGUAUUCUCUACUAUGUACUCAAUCGCCUAGUGCUUGAGUUUCGAGGGUGCAGUGUCGUCCCAAAUCGGAACAACCCAGCGGCUACUAGCUAGCGUGCUAAAUGGCAUUCGUGAUAACGUUCGCGGUAAAAGACAAACAGGUUACCCAGGUUGCACCACAAAUAUACUCAAAACGAUAAACGCUGGCAGUGCUUGAUGGAAAGAACACGUGUAAAAGGCAACUUAUUACUUAGAUCUGUACAAGGCUCCCAGGUUAACUGUCGCCCACCCACUGGCACCACAGCCGUCCGCAACCAUUCUUACUGAUGAAAUGAGUGCGGCGGGUGUCCACAGUCGGAUACUAAAAAUCUUGACCUAUUUAAGUACACAUCCGGGUACUUUUGCCUACUUAAUUUUCACAUACUAUCUAUACUUUUUUCCAUUUUGCGUUGAGUAUACUCAAAAUUUUAAGUAUUUAGUAUGGAAGUAUGCGAUUUGGGACACACCAAAGGUAUUUCCAAAAAUAAUUCUAAAAAGUAUGGUAUGGAAAAGUAUGGAAAUUCCAACUGUGUAGGAACCCUGAAUUCAUAACCAAUACAGCAAAACUGACGGUAAAUAAAAAUGGAGCUUUAUUUCUGAUUCAGUUUGGUUUUCCAUUUAACUUAGGAGCCUGGUGGACCUUUGAGUUUUGUUGUUCAGGCCCAGCAGAUUUCUUCCAGGUAUUUCUGGAGGAUACUAUUUGGCGUCUGGGUCAAAGAGCAGCCAGCCCUGACAGGGUCAAAGUGUACGGCAGGUUGAUAUUUAAGUAAGGUAGAAGUCAGCAUGCACAUGAAACGGGUGCUUGAUUGCUCUUCCCCCUGAGCGCUAAUUAGUGACGGACUAGUUAAUACUGCUCUGUGGGACCAGACUGCCAAUUUAGUUUUUCCCCUUUUUUCAGUAUCUGUUCAAGGCGCCACCUGGGAGUAAAGCUUUGAAGUUUUUCGAACGUUUCAUUCCGUCUUACUGAAGUCCUUGGCGGGCAUCCAACAUUCCCAGCAUUUUUCUCUCUUUCUGAGUUGGCAUUCCUGCCUGCAGCAGCCCGGGUCAUGCAUGUGCAAGUGUGCGUUGUGAGGGAAAUGGGAUACAUGAUCCCAUGCAACAGAAAGGGGAGGUUUGUUUCAUCAUUGUGGUAUUUUGUGUGGGGUCAGUGUGUUGGCACCCCGACUCCCCUCUCAUUAAAUAACGAUGCUGCAAGGCCUGAAUUUUCUACAGGGGAGUGAAGCUCAGCGUUAAGCCCCCCUACCUACCCCCAAAAAGGGCAAAAAUCCCUCCAUGUAGAGAAUCACUGGGGGGUACUCCUGCCAUUUUAAAAAGUUAUUUUUAGACGCGCACUGGUAAACACAUUUACACAGGGGGAAGCAACACUGACUUCAAAACUGCCACUCCUACUUUUCUCUCACAUCAUUUACCUAACAUACACACUGUUACUAUGGUGAACAUCAGUUUAUUUGACUAUCUUUGAAUUAAAACAAAGUCAAAUCACAUUUUAUACACUAGGGCUGCAGCUAUCGAAUAUUUUAGUAAUCUAGUAUUCUACCAAUAUUCCAUCAAUUAAUCGAGUAAUCGGAGAAAACAUAAUUUCUUUUAGUGAAAGAGCAAUUAUUAAUAUACAAGAGAAAAUAAGACAUUUAGUUUAAUUAUGAACAAUCCAUUUUUUACAUUUUUUUGAGAAACAAGGAACGCGGAACAAGCUUGUGCGUUAGCGAAUUGCAAUGCUUGUAAGAAAGCCAAUUAUGAUAUUAGUGUUCGAGAGCUGAAUAGCUCCUAUGUUACCUGUUACUUCUACUACACUGGUGAUGUUCGGUUGCAAGCUAUCAUGAAGAGGAGUGGGCAGAGCAGUGCUGUCUCCGCCCACAACUCGGAGACGAAGUGCUAAUGCGCUACUGGAGCUCUGCAGAAGAAAAGCUCCUCUCAUCAUUCAUUUUUCCACUCCGCAAAACCAAAAGAUAAUCUGUGCUAAACAGUGACAAUUUGAGCUUAUAGACAGUCACUCGAGGCAGAGAAAAUUCCUCAAUCAUUUCUUUGUAUUUGAGGUACUUGAGGUAUCGUUUCAGCCCUACACUUGAUCACACAGUCUGAAAUUACACAGACAUGCAUCAUCCAAAAAAAAAAAAAAUCCCUCAAACAGAAUUUUUUAAACAACUGAACAACAUGCAAGCUUGAAUCAUAUAUGUGGCUGCUGGGAGUGUGAAUGCAUUUAUUUGCAGCGUAGCUAAUGUUGAGAAAAUGUGACUAAACCCUAAUUAGCUGAUUAUCAGAGCACCUUUUUGAUUUUAUACUUAAGAUGAUCAAAUUGAGCAAAGUUAAACCGACAGACCAUCUGUGGGUUGUCCUCUACGCCUGAUUAUGAACAUCAAAGUCAGACACUUUUAAUCAUUUAGUGCGCCGCGCUUUGAUGUUCAGCUGGAACCGUUAAGUUCAUAAAAUUUAUCACUUUAGUGCAGCUGCUAGAAAGAUGCAGGAAAAAGAUGGCAUUCAAAAUCAAACACGCUAAAUCCCCAAAUCCAAGUGUUAGUAGAACUUGAGCUCCAGCCUGUGCCGCCUGCCUUUGCUCUCAGUCAUUGUUACUACCAUGAUGUCACCUCGGAUUAUGUUGUCAAGCAUGUAUUCCCAAAUAAGGCUGAUCAGCAGACACAUCACUUGCUCUCAGGACACGCAGGGUGACGCAGAUAAAACAGAGGCAACUUGUUUUAAUAAUGAUAUUUCAGCUUGGUUUGGAUCCUUGUUGUGGAAGUAGAGGGUGUGCUUCUAUAGAUGAGCUUAAUUCAGACUGUAAAGCGUGCUGCAGAUGCUACCAUUGGCCCAAACUAUCUCUGUCAAAAACAUUUUGGUGGUGGUUUGUUAUAUCAGCGUGUGAUUUUGCAAGUCUUUCUUUUUUACUGGGUCGCCAUGUGUUUUGUAUAAUUCUGUCUUUUUCCUCUUUUCAAAACGCCGAUGUCGCUGAAAGUAACGCCAACUAUUUUGGGGGUUGCCUUUUUCUUUCGUCAGAGCGUAAAUCACACUCGGCAAACUUUACAGGAGUUGACUUCUGAGGAAGAAGUGUUUUACCAUAUGUGGCGUAGCAUUAGGCUGCAGGAAAGCCUGUGUGUCCUGUUUAGGGAAUCAGAGCAGACUGCUGGGUCUGAGUCAGCCUCUUCUGCUGAUUUUGGGGAAUUCUGUGUUCUGGUAAAUCCAAAGAACUGAGGUGACUCAGCCUGACGUGACUUAUCCCCUGCAGCAUCGUUCCACUUCCCAGAAACAAAGAUGGUGAUGAUGUUUGCACAUGUGUGUAAAUGAUUUAUUGAUAACAGACCAUACGGCUUUAUUUAGUCAGCUUUUAUCUUUGGAUCUUAUCUUAUUCUGACAUCUCCAGCAUGGUAGCACACAGAGAGUUACUCACUUGUAAAUGUUAGGAAAACAGAUCAUCAGGUGGGGGCUGGAGCUGGGAGGGAAAAAGUGCAGAAUAGGCUGAAUAAAGUGACCACUGCCACAGACCACAUAGGAGAUUUACCGUCAUAAGUACCAGAAAUGUUUUAAAUAUUUGUUAUUCUGUUAAACCUAGAUGAUCUGAAAGUUUUGUUAGUGAUAGAGAAGCCUUUUUUCAUGAUAGAUCCACUGUAAUGACAGGAGGUUGGCUGUGACAGAGAGGAAAUAGUGGCAGCCGGUCACCGUCAGGUCAAUGCAAUCUUCUUUUUUUCCCCCCAUCAUGUUUAGCCAAAUUUUAACUUUACUAUCUUCCUCUUGGUGUUGGGCUGGGCAGUUAAUCUGAAUAAUAUAAACAGACAUUCACGAUAACAACCUCAAACAGACAUCAUCUUGCCCACAUUGAUUGUUUGCUUUGUACUGUCCCCAAUCUGCACUUUCAUGUGCUGUCCCCUUUAAAACAAAUUACCAUGAGUGUGUGUGUAGUCACGUGACUCUGUCUCCCCUCCCGUCUGCACCACAGAGGCAAACUUAAACACUGACCCAACAGAGCAACUCCAGCAGCUUGUACUCAGAAACAUGCUGUGUCUGUUGUUUGGAGACAUUUUGGCUGUAGUAAAAAUGACACUAAAUAAAGGGAAGUGAGAUGUAAACACUGGUGAAAAACUUAGAUUUGAAAUGAUCGAUCAUGUCUGGUCUGGGGUCACCAAACUGUUCUUGAAUAAACUUGAUUAUCUCACUCUAAAUAAUAAUGAUCCCCUUUUGCAACAGGGGUGGAGAUCACUAGUGGCCCUGCAAUACAAUAUUAUCACGAUGCGAUAUUAUUACGAUUUUUAACAUUUUGCAAUACAGUGAGUAUUGCAAUACAAUAUAUACCAAUUUAUCUAAUUUUUUCAACUGUUUAGCUAAUUUAACAUUUGUCUUUCCUUUAUGUUUGUCUUAUUCACACUGUAUUUUAUUUUCAUGUAGCACAUCUUGCGAACCUUUUAUACAUAUUUUUUGCACUAACUUUCUCCUGCUCUAUGAUGUCACCUCUGCCAACAUCACCGGACGAACAGUUGAUUUUAUUUUUCCAUUAUAUAGGUUUGACUUCAUAUUGGCAAUUAAUUUGAAAAAUCGAUACUUGGUAAAUAAGACAAAACGAUAUAUCACCAGACAAAAUAUUUUGAUACUAUGCUGUAUUGAUUUUUUUUCUCCCACCCUAUUUUGAAUUGUUUUGCUUGUAAAUAUUUUCUAUCGUACUGUCGCUAUUUCACUUGAAAGCAUCAAGAAAACUGGCAUCUUUCUUCAAGUCACUUCACAGUGUCGAUGAUUUUAUUCUUAUAAAUCUUUUCUUUUUAAAAUUUCAGGUCGGAAUGAGCUGAUAGCUCGCUAUAUCAAGCUACGAACAGGGAAGACACGCACACGUAAACAGGUAAGCAAAGAUGUCAUUUAAAGCUGCAGCGAUUCAUGUUUUAUAAAGAUGGAUUAACCUCAUUGCAUUGAUACUUGAUUAUGAGUGUAUAUUGUUCAUGGGAUAACUCUGGCCCAAUAGGUGUCUAGUCACAUUCAGGUUCUGGCGCGAAAGAGGGUACGAGAAUACCAGACAAGCAUCAAGGUGGGUGCCCUUUCAGUCAACUCCCUGUUCUCUCUGUAGUCACGUCCCCCUCCUCUUUUCUUUUCCCUCCCUUUUCCUCUUUCCUUCCAUCCUUUCUUUUCGUCAGGUCUCUAGUCACCUGCAAGUUUUGGCCAAGAGAAAGUCACGUGAGAUUCAGUCUAAGCUCAAGGUACACAUGCUCACUGACUUGCUUUACUACGCCGGCUGCUAACAGUGCUAGCUGCUUCGCUCCGCAUGUGGCCCGAAUGUGCUGCUCAGUUGUAAGGCGUGAGAUGCGUUGAGUGUGAUUGUUGUAGGAGAGAGGGUUUUUGCAUGGCAUUGGCAGGACUGUUAGCCAAGUUCAGACACUUGGUGGCAGCAGGAAAUACAAGUUUGAGGACUUGACUGAUAAAUACGGAUCCUGGGAGGUGACAUGAACUUUUAUUUAUUUAUUUUUUAUUCGCACGUACGAUUUAGUAGGGGGUUGGAGAAAAAAAUCGAUUCACAUAAGUAUUGCAAUCUUUUUGUUCUACAAUUUUUAAAUUUAUUUUUAUGUUCCAAAAUUUAUUUUAUUUUUUUUAUUUUUUUUUCAAAUUUAGGAAUAAAUCUUAAAAACUGACUAAGAUGUGAUGUUUAUUUUUUGGGGAAAUAUGGUUCCUGAAAUAGAAUCGCAAUUUAAGACGAAUCGGCUUCCAAAAAAUUGUAGAAGAAUUGAAUCAGGAGAAAAGCAUAUCGUUUCAGCCCUGUGAUUUAGUAUCUUGAACGUGCGUUUUAUUUGUAUCUUGUGCAUGCGUUUUUGUAAAUAAUCCUGCAUGCAACUCAGUUGUGAGAGAAGAAGGACAGUGUCAUGGACAGAGAGCAUAAUCAGCAUUUUCUUUCAUUUAGGUAUAACUCACAGAGAGAUACUUUCUAGCUUGGUCACAUUUGGUAGUGUUUUGAGUAGGAGACACCUCAUCAGGAUCCUUAAAACACAGCAACUUUGUCAUUAGCAAUAAUCAGACUUGCACAAAGUGAUUUUGUUUAUUAACAAACAGUUAAAUCGCACCUGCGAUAUAAUAAAAUGCACAUGCGAGAAACUAAUUCGAAUUAAAAAAAAGUUCAUGUCACCUCCUGGGCUCCGUAGAUAAAUGCUGAUUUAAAAAAACAACUACCUGCCUGCUAAAGUUUAUACUACUGCGCUUUGCUUUAUUAGUCGAAAGUUUUUUCCAAAAGGUUCAGGAGAAACCCAGACCUUCGAUUUUGUCUGACCUCAGUAGCAGGUCUUCGUAGCCUUAAGGCAUGCUCAGAGUGAAGUAAACUGGUCGAUCCGCUAUGGCUUUAUGUAAAGAUGAGUUAUGUAUACUGGACAGCUAAGUGAAGCUGGUGAAACUGUGACUAACUGGUGCAUGCAUGGGCUUUAAGAAGCUAACCAAGUACGUGCAUGACUUUGGUAGUUUACAUGAAUGCAUGCAAACACAUACGACACAGUAGGAGGAUGACAUGUGCCCCCCUGUAACAGGCUUCAUUUUUCUCUUUUCAAUGAUUUCUCUUCUGAACAUCUCUGCUCUGAGACGUUUCUCUCAGUCCUCUUAAGUCUUUUCUGUUGAAGCUGUUUUCAUGUGGUUUUAACUCCCCCUGCAAUAAAAAAUAUCCUGAAGGCAUAAUUUGAUGUCAAAGACUUCUAAGUUGGUGUUCUUUACACUCUACACUGUAACUUUGGUCAGAUUUCUGGGCUUGUAUAUUCUCUAGACUAACUUCAGUACAGGUUAAUACUGUGUGUAUCAGGAAAAGACAGAAUGUUUUCAAGCUCUGUGCGAGCCUGUUUGUCAGAGUAGAUCCAGGGUGGUGUCUCUUCAAAGAGCAAGCAAGGUGAUCCACCUCAUGAACUAACAGUAAAUCAAUAACCUGCUUUUGUUCUGAAUGUAAUGAAGGUAAUUAAUAAUGUGUCUCCUCUGCCAUAGGCCAUGAACUUGGUAAGUUUCUAGUUAUACAACUACAGUUUCUGCUUCAGGCUUUGUGCUUUGUGGUUGGCUCACAUUGCUGCUAGUCCACGAUGCAGAUCUACUGCCAGACCCCAAAAGUCCUGCUGUUUUGUUAUUAGUGGCUUAAGCUCAAUGCUGGUGAUGGCUCCUGUUAGCUCUUCUACUCUGCAAGCUUGGUGCGCCUCCUGCUUUGGCACCCCCUCUACAUCUGCUUUGCCUUUUGUCCUGUCCCUCCCUCGUAGUUACUGCAUCGUGCUGAAGUUCUGAAUAAUUUGUUGGCUGGCUUGCUGUCUAAACUGGCCCUGAAGGUUGGCAGAUUGUGGGACAUUAACCUCGUUUUCUAAAGCGGAGCAUUAUCAUUGUGUGUUUCUCCGUCUUUCUCAUCCAGGACCAGGUAUCCAAAGACAAGGCUCUGCAGACGGUAGCCAACCUCUCAUCUGCUCAGAUUGUGUCUGCUAGUGUGAUGAAACCCCAGACUCAGUUCCCUCCACCAGUCAGAGUGAGACACAGACUCUCAGACAUGCACACACAUCUGUUCUUUGCUUCCCUCUGGGUAAAAGUCUGAGUAAAACAAUCUGCACUGCUCUCCCCUCUUUUUUCUUCUAUAGUUUUGGCCCGGACCUUUGCCAGGGCAGCCUGGACAUUCUCAGGAGUAAGUUUCACUCUUGUUGUGUUUGUUUCAAAUUGGAGUGAGUCAUUUAUUAAAUCUUGUAAAGAUGCUGAUUCCUGCGUUUCUACUGUUUAAUCGACAGCAUCAAGCCCUUUGCACAGCCGCCUUUCACCACAAUACCAGCCCCUAUCUCUGCACCCAUCAGUAUGUACAAACACUUGCAUUUUUUUUAUAAUAAGCACUAGUUAUUGUUUAUAUAUGCUCAUUGAUUUGAUGGUUUUUAUGUUUGGCAGGUUAUGAACCCCUGCCCCCUCCACGCCCUGCAGCCAUAGCAGCACCUAUAUGGCAGGACAGAACGAUCGCCUCUGCAAAACUUCGGCUACUGGAGUUCUGUGCUUUCAUGGAGAGCCAGAGGGACAGAGAGACGGUACAGAAAUCUGGAUAUUUUCACUCUUUUACUUUAAACGAGCAAACAAACAAAAGAACUCUAACAGUGUGUAAUGAAUUGUUUUAUUAUUUUAUAUUUCUUUUUGAAAUAUGUUUAUUGCACAUUUUGUAAAUGUACAAAGGGUGAACCACAUAGAACAAGAAGGCACAAACAAGAAAACAACAACAACAACAAUAAUAAUAAUAAUAAUAAUAAUAAAAAUAGUAAUAAUAAAAAUAAAAUUGAUAAAUAAAUAGCUGGAAGGAAAAAAAAAGAAAAAAGAUAAAUGAAAAAUAAGUAAACAAAUAAAUAAAUGCAUAUUUCUUUAUGCAUAUUUAGAUAUAUAAAUAUACACACACAGAUACAUAUGUCUGUAAAGGUCUAAAUGGGUACACUAAAACAAGAUAAAAUGAAAAGAUAAAUUAAUCUUCAGUUCAGCUCCUCAUUCCAGCCAUCUACUUCGAUAUAAUUUUUCUCAAGGAAAUUACAGAAAACCUUCCAGAUUUUCCAAAAUUCGUCAAACUUAUUUUUCUUGGUCUGAAUUGUUUCUGUCUUUUAGUUUAAACACCUUUUUGUACACAUCGGCCCAACGAACCCGGGCUACAACGACCCCGUGUUGGAGUCGAUAGAUGUGAGGCAGAUUUACGACAAGUUCUCAGAGAAGAAAGGAGGCCUGAAGGAGCUCUAUGAAAAAGGGCCACACAACGCUUUCUUCCUGGUUAAGUUCUGGGUCAGUACAAAAAAUGAAUGAAUGAACGAAUGAAACAACAGUGGCUGCUUCUUAGUUUCCUUCAGUGCUUUUAACUCACGCCAUCUUCUUGUGCUUAUUCAGGCGGACCUGAGCAGUGACAUUGAAGAAGGCUCUGGCGUGUUCUACGGCGUUAGCAGCCAGUACAGUGGAACAGAAAACAUCACCAUCAGUGUCUCAACAAAGGUCUGCUCUUUUGGCAAACAGGUGGUGGAGAAAGUUGAGGUGAGAAGAUGACACGUUUAUUUAAAAUGCAAAUGAAUACAGAUUUAUACGAUGGCAUACAAAGGUGUGGUUCAUGUUGAAACGGUGAAUGUGGAUUUUCCUGUUCAGACUGAAUAUGCACAUUUGGAAGGAGGAAAGUACGUGUUCCGCAUCCAUCGCUCCCCCAUGUGUGAAUACAUGAUCAAUUUCAUCCAUAAACUCAAACACCUGCCUGAGAACUACAUGAUGAACAGUGUACUGGAAAAUUUCACCAUCCUGCAGGUAUGUGUGCAUCCCUACACUUCUAAAUCCCACAGCAUCUCUGAAAUUUGUGAUUUUAAAACCUUGUAUUUGACCUUUUCUCUCCUCUCUCAUCAGGUGGUUUCCAACAGAGAAACUCAGGAGACUCUGCUGUGCAUCGCCUUUGUGUUUGAAGUGUCCACUAGCGAACAUGGAGCUCAGUACCAUGUGUACCGACUAGUUAAUGACUAG